AUGUCAAUGCCUAUGCCUGCUUUCCGAACGGAAAGACAACCGUGCAGCGCUGAGGGCUGCAACGAUGAUAGCCAGUCAAGGCUUGCUUUCAUCACAAGUGGCCAUUUGGAUAUCAGUCUGGGUGAGGAAGAGCCUGAAAUUCCUUUUGGGACAGUGCCAUCAGUGCAAUUGCUGCUGCUGCCACUUUGUUGCAACAGUGGCCGCCUACGAAGUGGGAAACUGGGCAGCUACGAUGUGCAGACGUCCUCGCUGAACAGUCGCACAUGGCACUGGUGUUGCUGCAAUGACAUUACCAAUAUUGAGUUGUGCAUGCAUUAA